AAACAAGUCAAAACUUGUCGGCGCCAACUGAGAGCGAGCGAGCAGAAGUAAAGAUGGCGGCGUUACGAGUCGCGACGCUUUCGGGCAACGGGAGAGCCCUCCUGCGUACCUCGAAAAGCAUCACCACGCCAAAGGCCAACAUGUCCUUGGCCACCCUGCCUCGCGGCAAGAAGGUGGCACUGACCACGCUGGGUGUGGUAGGUGCCGGCACCGCCGCCGUGGCCCUGGCCUUGCACCAGUCCGUCAAAGCCUCUGACCUAGAGCUCCACCCGCCCAACUACCCCUGGAGCCACGCCGGGCCGCUGUCAUCCCUGGACCACGGCAGUAUUCGCCGGGGCUACCAGGUCUACAAGCAGGUGUGCUCCGCCUGCCACAGCAUGGAGUACCUUGCCUUCCGUAACCUGGUGGGAGUUUCGCACACCGAGGAUGAAGUCAAGGCCAUCGCUGAGGAGGUGGAGGUGGUAGACGGUCCUGAUGAGACUGGCGAGAUGUUCACCCGGCCCGGCAAGUUGUCUGACUACUUCCCCAAACCCUACGCCAACCCAGAGGCGGCCCGCGUGGCCAACAACGGCGCCCUGCCGCCAGACCUCAGCUACAUCGUCAACGCCAGGCACGGUGGUGAGGACUACGUGUUCAGCUUGCUGACGGGCUACUGCGAGCCCCCCGCCGGCGUGGCGGUCAGGGAGGGUCUCUACUACAACCCCUACUUCCCCGGACAGGCAAUUGGCAUGGCGCCGCCCAUCUACAACGAGAUUCUGGAAUACGAUGACGGGACCCCUGCCACCAUGAGCCAGGUGGCUAAGGACGUGUGCACCUUCCUGAGGUGGGCGGCGGAGCCCGAGCACGACCAGCGCAAGCGCAUGGGACUCAAGCUGUUGAUGGGCUCAGCCAUCCUGGUGCCACUCCUCUACUACAUGAAGCGACACAGGUGGGCCGUACUCAAGAGCAGGAAGAUCGCCUACAGGCCGCCCAAAUAAGGCAUGGGGCGUGGCCACGCAAGCGCACCACACACACACAUAAGCAUCUUUCCAUCAUGUUUAUUACACAAAGCAAGAAAAAAGGUAACAAACUCGCUGCUGCGUGUCAACAUUCAAUGUUUUUUUGUUUGGUAAACACUUGACAACCAUGUGAGAAUCCUGCCUUUGUUCUACUGUACAAAAUAAAUUAUAUGCAGAAGCAA